CCGUACACCCAUUUCCUUCCAUUUGCCAGCUCUCUCUCUCUCUCUGUUACAUUUAUAAGCACAGUAUGAAAAUGAAGAAUCCCUUGUAAAUUAAGGAAGAACAAAGCCCAUCAGUGUCUCUUCUCCAUUAUCAAUUUAGAGAGUAGAGACACCAAAAAAGCAAAAACUAGAGAGAGAAAGUGAGUGAGUUUUGGUGUUUGCUCAUCCCAUUAUACAGGGAUCAGGGAUAUACCUCCAUCAAGCAUCAAUGUCUCAUUUCUUCAAAGAUAGAAGUCUGGGAGAGUCUAAGCGAGAUAUGGGUGGUAACGGUAUCAUAUUGCCAGUCCCAGAUCUCCCUUCUCCGUUUGGCGAAUUUCGUGGGAAUUUAUCUGAUUCAGAGUUCCGAGAGACUGCUUAUGAAAUAUUUGUCAGUGCUAGUCGACCUUCCGGUGGAAAGCCAUUGACUUUCAUUCCACAAUCAGAGAAGAAUGAGAGAUCCCCGUCUUCAUCGUUGCUAUCUUAUGCUUCUUCUCUUUCGCCUUCUUCUACUUCGCCUUCCUUGCAGAGAUCACUCACUUCUACUGCUGCUAGUAAUUUUAAGAAGGCAUUGGGGUUGAGAUCUUCGAAGAAGAGUCCAGGAAAGGAGAGUAGUCCGUCCAAGUCGAAGAAGCCCGCCACUGUUGGGGAGCUUAUGAGGGCUCAGAUGGGGGUUUCCGAGCAGGCCGAUUCCAGGAUUAGGAGGGGCUUGCUGAGAAUUGCUGCAGGGCAGGUUGGAAGACGCAUCGAGUCGAUGGUUCUGCCAUUGGAGCUAUUGCAACAGUUCAAAUCUUCAGAUUUUACUGAUCAGCAAGAAUAUGAAGCCUGGCAGACAAGAAAUCUGAAGGUUCUUGAGGCUGGACUGCUCCUACAUCCUCAUCUGCCUAUAGGCAAGUCUGAUACAGGAUCCCAACGGCUUCGACAGAUAAUUUCUGGUGCUUCAGAGAGACCCAUAGAAACAGGGAAGAACAAUGAAUCGAUGCAAUUCCUCCGAAGCACUGUAAUGUCUCUUGCUUGCAGAUCAUUUGAUGGUUCUGCCACAGACACAUGCCACUGGGCAGAUGGGUAUCCAUUUAAUGUUCGACUCUACCAAAUGCUUUUAGAAGCUUGUUUUGAUACUAACGAAGGAACAACUGUUAUUGAGGAGGUUGAUGAGGUUAUAGAACUUAUAAAGAAGACAUGGGUGAUGCUUGGAAUGAAUCAGAUGCUACAUAACCUUUGCUUUUGUUGGGUUUUGUUUCACCGUUAUAUUACAACUGGCCAAGUAGAAAAUGACCUACUACUUGCUGCCAAUAAUCAGUUAGUAGAAGUCACCAAAGAUGCAAAGUCAACGAAAGAUCCAGUGUACUCAAAGGUCUUGAGUCCGACAUUGAGUUCAAUACUGGGGUGGUCAGAAAAAAGGCUUCUUGCUUACCAUGACACAUUCAACCGCACUAAUAUUGAGUCCAUGGAGAAUAUUGUUUCUUUAGGGGUAACUUCAGCCAAGAUCCUAGUGGAAGACAUCUCUCAUGAAUACCGCAGGAAAAGAAGAGAAGAAGUUGAUGUGGCUCGCAACAGGGUUGACACUUACAUUAGAUCUUCUCUGCGCACAGCUUUUGCCCAGAGAAUGGAGAAGGCAGACUCAAGCAGGAGGUCCAAUCCUCUUCCUGUCCUUUGCAUCCUUGCAAAGGACAUUGGUGAGCUUGCAGCUAAUGAGAAGGAGGUGUUUAGUCCCAUAUUGAAGAAAUUUCAUCCUUUUGCGGCAGGUGUUGCUGUCGCCACUCUUCAUGUUUGCUAUGGGAAUGAGCUGAAGCAAUUUGUUUCGGGUAUAACAGAGCUCACACCCGAUGCCGUACAAGUGUUGGGAGCCGCAGACAAGUUGGAGAAAGAUCUUGUGCAGAUUGCUGUUGAAGAUUCUGUAGACAGUGAAGAUGGUGGCAAGGCAAUAAUCCGUGAGAUGCCUCCUUUUGAGGCUGAUACUGCAAUUGCCAAUCUUGUGAAGGCAUGGAUCAAAACAAGAGUGGACACAAUGAAGGCAUGGGUGGACAGUAAUCUGCAGAAAGAGGUAUGGAACCCAAGAGUGAACAAAGAAAAUAUAGCUCCUUCCGCUGUUGAAGUCCUACGAACUGUGAACGAGAAUUUGGAUGGAUUUUUUCAGUUGCCAAUUCCCGUGCAUCCAGCUUUACUUCCUGACUUGAUGACAGGCAUGGACAGAUGUCUUCAGCACUACAUAACCAAGGCAAAAUCUGGCUGUGGGACGCGGAAUACCUUUGCCCCCAGUAUGCCAGCUUUAACUCGAUGUACGAUGGGAUCAAAAAAGUCAAAGAAGAAAGAGAAGUCACAAGGCACUCAGAGGAGGAAAUCUCAGGUUGGGACGAUGAAUGGGGACAGCUCCCUUGGAAUACCACAGCUGUGUGUCCGUAUUAAUACUUUGCUGCACAUCUGGACAGAAUUGGAUGUCUUGGAGAAUCGAAUAGUAACUCAUCUAAGGAAUUGUGCAUCUGCUCAUGCAGAUGAUUUUGCAAACGGGUUGGGGAAGAAGUUUGACUUGGCAGCAGCUGCUUGUCGUGAAGGAAUCCAACAACUUUCUGAGGCAACGGCUUACAAAAUUAUCUUCCAUGAUUUAAGCCAUGUUCUAUGGGAUGGUUUAUAUGUUGGGGAACCAGCAUCUUCACGGAUUGAACCUCUGCUUACAGAGCUCGAGAAGAACUUAGGAAUCAUAGCAGAAACAGUUCAUAACAGAGUUCGUACCCUUUUGAUUACUGAGGUCAUGAAAGCUUCAUUUGAUGGAUUCUCGUUGGUGCUUCUUGCUGGGGGCCCGUCACGUGCUUUCUCACAGCAAGAUGCUCAAAUAAUAGAGGACGAUUUCAAAUCACUAAAAGAUCUGUUUUGGUCCAAUGGGGAUGGGUUGUCUUCUGAUGUAAUAGAGAAGUCCUCAAAAACUGUUGGGGAUGUCCUCCCCUUAUUCCGUGCGAAUUCCCAAAGCCUCAUUGACAAUUUUAAGCGCAGGACCUUGGAUACCUAUGGUCUUUCCAAAUCCAGGUUCCCAUUACCUCCGACUUCAGGGCAGUGGGAUCGAGAUGAACCAAAUACACUCCUACGCGUUUUGUGUUACAGAGAUGAUGAAGCAGCUACGAAGUUUCUUAAGAAGACCUACAAUUUGCCAAAGAAACUGUGACUAUGAGGUAUGACCUUGGCAAAAAUGCUUCUAUGAGAUUGUUCGGGUAGUAAGUUUCUGUAGUGUUUUCUCUGGCUGUGAGGGUUGAUCUCUUCUGAAGCGAAAUACUUUCUUGUAUAGUGUAUUUGUGGGUGGGUCUUGUUGAUAGGAGACUUGUUUAUUUAGUCUUUUUUAUUAUGCUGUUAGUUGAGAUCUGCUACUAGUUGACUUCAUGCCAUCAGUGAAUUGGGAAGAUAUCAGAGGGUUGGAGAUGGAAGUGCAGGGGCUGAUGUUUGAGGUUGGGGGGGUUUAGUAUUAUUAUCAUUGGGUUUAUAUUCAUUGUCAUUCUUUCACACCAUAAUUAGAUAUGUAGUCUUAAAUCUCUGAUUUCUAUUAGCAAAAUCAUUUAUUGCGAGAA